AUGUCCAACCCGGUCGCGGCUUCCAGAGCCCUUAGGGGCGUCUUCUCUACCGUCUCGACGCGGCAGUGCCAACGCUGCUUCGCCAGCAGCGCCCUCCAGCCGAAACAGCUCCGGCCGACCCUCCGAGCACCCGUCCCGUCGAGACAGCCGAUUACCCAGCGCCGGACCAAGUACAAGACGAUCGAGCAGGCCAAGAGCCGAUAUAGCAAUGGGCCCUUCUCAUGGAAGGCCGGUAUCCUGUUCGUCGGCACCUGCGGCUUGUUGGUGUGGUAUUUCGAGUACGAAAAGGAGCGUAUGCAGCGCAAGAGAAUAGCAGAGGCUGCCAAGGGCGUGGGCCGGCCCAAGGUUGGAGGAACAUUUGAGCUGGUGGACCAGAAUGGGAAGCCCUUUACGAGCGAGAUGAUGAAGGGCAAAUACUCUCUGGUCUACUUUGGCUUCACCCGAUGCCCCGAUAUCUGCCCCGAAGAGCUCGACAAGAUGGCCACCAUGUUCGAUAUCGUCCAAGACAAGGCCCCCGAUGCUCUCCUCCCCAUUUUCAUUACCUGCGACCCCGCCCGUGACGACCCUCCCGCGCUUAAGGAGUACCUCAGCGAGUUCCACGAGAAGUUCAUUGGCCUUACGGGCACAUACGACCAAAUCAAGGCUCUCUGCAAGAAGUACCGUGUCUACUUUAGCACACCGCAGAAUGUCAAGCCAGGACAGGACUACCUGGUUGAUCACAGCAUCUACUUUUACCUCAUGGAUCCGGAGGGCGACUUUGUCGAGGCCCUGGGCCGACAGCACUCCCCUCAGCAGGCUGCUGCUGUCAUUUUGGAUCACAUGAAGGACUGGAAGCAUUAA